AUACUUCCUUAGUCUUAUUAUGUUAGACUCUUGGACAUGAAUAAGAUAGUUUUCCCUUAUUAUUCUUAUUGACUUAUUAUAUGAUUUCUGGACUCUUGGGUGUAGUUUUCAUUCUGUUUAUAUGCUAUGUAUAUCUGCUUUGGCUCUUUUGAGAUUCUCCGUGAAGUUGGGGAGGUGACCUAUGAGUUAGCAUUACCUCCAUACUUUACCGCUGUUCAUCCAGUUUUCCAUGUCUUCAUACCGUGGAAGUAUAUUCCUGACCCGUCUCAGGUUCUUGGUGGGAUUCAGUCCAGUUAGAUGGGCAGUUGGCCUUUAUAGAGGAGCCCAUGCUUAUUUUGGCCAGUGAUAUGAGAUGGUUGCGUACUAGAGAGAUUCCUGUAGUUAAGAUUCAGUGGAGGCACCGCCCAGUGGAGGAGGCCACUUAAGGGUUAGAGGGAGAGAUGCAAGCCCAGUAUCCUCACCUAUUUGAGACUUCAGGUGAACUCGAAGGAAAUAUUGAUACUAUGAUAAUGUCCGGUGAAUUCGGAGGAAAUAUUGAUACUAUGAUGAUGCCCGGUGAAUUUGAAGAAAAUAUUGAUACGAUGAUGAUGCCCGACAAAUCCAGAGAAAAUAUUCAUUCUAUGAUGACGUUCGGUGAAUCCGGAGGAAAUAUUGAUACGAUGAUGAUGCCCGAUGAAUCUAGAGGAAAUAUUGGUACUAUGAUGAUGCCCGGUGAAUUCGGAGUAAAUAUUGAUACUAUGAUGAUACUCGGUGAAUUCUGAGGAAAUAUUGAUACUAUGAUGAUGCCCGAUGAAUCCGGAGGAAAUAUUGAUACUAUGAUGAUACUCGAUGAAUUCGGAGGUAAUAUUGAUACUAUGAUGAUGCCCGAUGAUUCCGGAGGAAA